AUGUUCUCGUCAGCACUCAAGUCCUUCAGCUCCAACAUAUCAUCCCACUACCAAAUCUCGCCUGAGCCAGCAUUCAUCUCCGGGCCAUGGAAAGUCCAUGAUGGGACUAAAAAGUCCACCGGCACUGCAGCCUCUAUCUUUAUCUUUGACCGCAAGACAAUAGAGCCUAGAACAGGCGGAUUUGGACGCUCAGCUAGUGCCUCGUCACUGAAAAAGAUUCAUGAAGAGGUGGUUGAGAGAUUGAAACGGGAGGUUAGUAGUCUGACGCGUCUCCGUCAUCCUUCGAUUCUUCAGAUUCUGGAACCGGUUGAAGAGACUCGUAAUGGUGGAUUGAUGUUUGCUACGGAGCCGAUUACGGCUUCUUUGGAUGGCUUAUUGAAGGAGAAAGACUCCCAGGAAGGAGGAGGAAAUGGUGGUUCAAGACCUAGUCGUUAUAUGAUAGAGUCACCGGAUGGAACGAGAAGACGCCGAGAAGUGGAAAUAGAUGAGCUCGAGAUUCAGAAGGGUUUACUCCAAAUUGCCAAAGGGUUGGAGUUCUUGCAUGAAUCUGCCGGUCUUGUUCACGGGAACCUGAAUCCGGAAGCAAUAUAUAUCAAUAUCAAGUCCGACUGGAAAAUCGCUGGACUUUCAUUUGCUGGUCCACCUGAUGGCUCGACGACUCAAUCUUCACUUCCACCUCUGGCACUUUCGGAAGUUUUAUAUCAGGAUCCUCGACUACCGCCCUCUGUCCAGUUGAAUAUGGAUUAUACUUCGCCGGAGUUUGUGAUGGAUUCGAAUGUGUCGCCCGCGGCUGAUUUGUUUUCUCUUGGACUGAUCAUUGUUGCUCUUUAUAACUCGCCGCAUAUUUCUCCACUACAGGCACAUUCCAAUGCCUCCACGUAUAAGAAGCUUCUUACUAAUACAUCCACCACGCCUUCUCAAUCGAACAACUUCCUUUGUACGCGUCCUAUUCCCAAGGAUCUGCUUGGUAGUGUCUUGCCAAGACUGAUUACCAGAAGACCUGCUCAACGGCUGAAUGUGCGCGAGUUCCAGCAAUCAACAUACUUUGACAAUAUUCUUGUGUCCACAAUCCGAUUCUUGGAAUCGUUGCCAGCAAAGACUCAGAAUGAGAAGUCGCAAUUCAUGAGAGGUUUGCAGCGGGUCAUACCCGAGUUUCCUCCGUCAGUGCUUGAAAAGAAAGUGCUAGGUGCACUUUUGGAAGAGACAAAGGAUCGAGAUUUGCUGUCACCUAUAUUACAAAAUAUUUUCCACAUCCUAAAGAAAGUGCCGAACGGACGACGUGUCUGUCCUGAGUUAAUUAUUCCAAAACUCAAAGAGAUAUUCUUGGCCACGGCAGGUAAAGGUGCUGCGCAAGAACGAGAUACGACGAGAGAUGCUGGUCUCAUGGUUGUGCUUGAGAAUUUGAAUGGCAUUGCGGAAAAUUGUACGGGCAAAGAUUUCAAAGAAGAUAUUCUUCCCCUGGUUCAGCUCGCGAUGGAAUCCAGCACGCAUUCUCUAGUGGAUGCAGCUAUGAAAACCUUACCUGUUAUGCUUCCUGUUCUCGACUUCAGUACCGUCAAAAACGACAUAUUUCCUCCAAUCGCGUCUACAUUCAGCAAGACAAACAGUCUAAAUAUCAAAAUUAGAGCCCUGGAGGCAUUUGUUGUUCUCUGCGGUGGUACCGAUGAUAAAUAUGCAGAGUCUGCGGACGAUUUGACGGGCAUAGUUGAAGACAAGAAGAAAGUGAAGAAAUCGUCGCCAUCUAUACUUGACAAAUACACAGUGCAAGAAAAGCUUGUUCCGCUACUGAAAGCGAUCAAGACGAAGGAGCCAGGUGUCAUGAUGGCUGCUUUGGGAGUAUUUCGACAAGUUGGGAAGAUUGUUGACACUGACUUCAUUGCCAUUGAAGUACUCCCAACACUGUGGGCUUUUAGUCUUGGACCGUUGCUAAAUAUCCAACAAUUCGAACAGUUCAUGGCGCUGAUAAAAUCUCUGUCUGCGAAAGUUGAACAAGAGCAGUUACGGAAACUCCGAGAGCUUUCCUCAAAAGAGGAUUCAUCUGUACUUCGGCAGACAACAGGGAGUGGUCUUGGAAUGCAUGCAACUUCUGGUGUUGAGGAUACGUCGAACGACUUUGAACGACUUGUUCUUGGACGCCAAGGUACUGGCAAUAUCAACGGGGAUGGUGGUUGGGAUAGCUUGACCGCUGACAACGUACCAAUCAAACCGGCGACACAAGUAACGUCGCCAACAUUCUCGUGGUCAUCUAGUGCUUCACAACCUGCGCAAAGACCUAGUAUCGGUGGACUUGCGUCGACAGGACCGACUUCUCGCUCUAUUACUCCAGAUAGCAAUGUCGGGGGCUUCCCAUCACUUGAGCCCAAUCGCCAGAGGUCUUCGGGAGCUUCGGCCUUUGGUGUAUUGCAACCACAACAGCUGCAGUCAUCUACGACAUCUUGGAGUACGUCUCAGCAGCCACUCCCGCAGAGUUUUGGUUCUUCUCCUUCAAUGAUGACUGCAACCAAUACAACAGCAUUUCCCUCACCUGGAGGAACCGCACCUAACUAUUCGGCAUUCUCUAUUCCCCCUCCUCCUUCUACUCAGACACAAUACCAGUCGAAACCCCCAUCAGUGAUACAGCCGAAUCCUUGGGCGUCUAGUGGAGUACCUAAUACUGCCCCUCAGGCAACAGUACCACAACCUCCUGGACAGCAAAAGGGCGGUCUGGACAAAUAUGCAAGUUUGUUGUAG